AUGUGCUACCAACGUAUCUUCGUUCACGAACAUUGCGGCUGCGAAUGGGACAAAUACAGCAAUUUCUGUGGUGACCAUGAUACGCCUGGUCAUCUCGUCGAAGACUGGCCUGUUCCGGUCGACAAGCCAUGCGAUAUACACCCCGGAGGCACCCCGCUUCUUUUGGCCUACUAUCUUCGGGCUGCUGAGCUCGAGCUCCUCGAGUACUGCCAACCAAGCGAAGAUACGAGCGAGAGCUCCGAGGUUCAGUCACUGGAGAUCGACUCAAAUGACGACCGCCGAAUCUACUCCAAGGAUGAGGUACAGGAAUCAGAAGAAUACCGGCGAAAAAUGGCACACGAUGAAUGGCAACCGAAUGUCGUACCAUCCACCGACGAUACUUCUUGUCAGAUAAGAGAGAAACCAGGCCCACGUGAUGAAACCCUCUUGCGUGAGGUUCAAUCCAAGGCGAAUCUGCUUAAUGGUGACUCUCAGCCGUCUCUUGUGCCUGAGCACCUUGGCUAUAACGGCAAAAUUGAAUCCCCACCACCAAUAGCGCAGUGUGGCAUCUUGCCUGUUGCGGGCUGCUUCAGGGCUGCGUUUUCUAGAGCGCGAGAAGAUAUCAAGUUUCCGGGACAUGGCGAGAAUUGGAGCGGCAUCAUCAUAUGA